AAAUCCCUAGCUCAUCUUGCGACAUCUUACCUCAUUUCAAUUAUCGCCAUGUAUGCAAAUUCUAGCCAUAUCUCCAACAGGAUCUUCCGGAGCCAACGGUUCAUGAUUCUCCUCAUUCUUCUGAGUUUCAUUGCGCUUUUGAUAAUAACAUCUAUAUCGGGCCAUGGAGCAGCUUUGCAAGAACAAGUGUCUUCAGCCAGUGAUAAGUUGGCUGCAUUCUAUUCCGGAACUGAUAGAUUACCCAGUGGAAAGUCAGACGUUGAGAUGGAAAAGGAAGCCGAAAAAGAGGAAGAAGAGUUGAAACAGAGUGCUGCUGCUGCUGCCGCCGCCGCUGAAAAGGAAAAUGGAAAGUCGAAGAAACCGGAAUCAACAAAAGCAGACGACGACGACGAAGACGAAGAUGAAGAUGAAGACGCUAAGGAUUCAAACGAAGAGUCUCCAGCUAGUGCCGAAAAAAGCCCUGAAGAAGACACUGAAAAAGAUACUGAGAAAGACACUCAAAAAGACACUGAAACAGAUUCUGAAAAAGGCACUGAAAAGACUUCUGAAGAAGUUUCUGAAAACGACUCUUCUGUUGUAGAAGCAACUAUCAACACUGUGCCACAGAUUUCUAACUCUGGUCCGGUAGACCUUCUUGAAGAAGGCGAGGAUUCUGGAGAAGAUACUGAGGUUAAACUUCAGCAAGAUGACGAUAUUGCAGCUACGCCUCCAAAACAGUUUUCGCCUGACGAAGAAACAGAGCCUGUGGUCGGGGCCGAAGAGAAUGCUCCAGAGUCCUUGGACACUACUAUUUCUUAGAUGUUUGAUUGUUAUGUAUAAUCUGUAUAAUCCUGUAACUCUCUAAGAGUUUGUUAUUCCCUACGAAAGACGGUUAAGUUAAUAUAAGCUUUUUAUUCUG